AAGUCACGAAAAAAGUGUUUAACCACGAUGAUCUUUCCCUCCCGCAGUGGCGUCGCCGUGUCCUGCGGGGAAUGCAGCAGCAGCGGUACCAGCGACAUCACGGAGCCCGGUUCCCCGUGCAGCACGAGCAGCGACGAAGGGGUAGCGGCGAUACGGGGCGCGUCAGCUAGCCCACUGCCCUCCCUGCCCAAGCUGGCGCCCUCCUCGCAGAUCGGCACCAGGCCCCAGUGGCCCUGGACCCCGCCCCUCGCGGCCACCGCCUGCUCCACCUACAAGAGGCUGAAGGGAGAGCCCGAGGCAGGCGCCCUGCCGAGGUCCGGGGCCGCGGACCCCGGCUCGAGGGGAGGCGGCAAGUCCGGCGGCAAGCCCAGCCACCACCACCACCAUCAUCACGAGUCCCAGGGCAAGAUCACCGAGUACUUCAAAACCCAGAUCAAACCCCAGCAACCCAAGAUCAAGAAGAGCAGCGAGGCGAUGUCCGUGCUGGUAGCGAAGAGCUCGUCGGAAUUUCGGAGGCCGGCCACCGUGCAGAGGAGCAAGGCGGGCCUGGCCAAGUACCUGGGGGCCGUGUCGCCGAGCGGGCGGCCCCGGAACGACUGGGAGGCGAGAAACCUCGCCAUGUCCCCGCCGCCCACCAAGAAGCCGCCGCUGGUCCUCGUGCCGAGGAGCAACGGCAAGAUGGAGAAGAAGCUCGCCAAACCUAUCCCCAUCUCCAACGUCGAGGUCCUCAAGAACAUUCCCCCCUGCAAGAUCUCCUCCCUCAGGUAUGUGUACACAUCCUUCGAUUUUUCGAAUCAGUCAGGAACGAUUCUAAAUCACGUCGUGAUCCAGGCUGGCGUCAUCCGAGGCGAGCGCGGACCGUCCCCGCCCUCGCCGCCCAGCCCCGCGCUCAGCAACGAGGCCGCGGCCCUCAAGGGUUGCAUCCUCGCGUCGCACGUGAACGAGAACAACAACGUGACGAGCGGCAUCCUCGGCUCGCUCAGGCCCCAGCCCGACCACCACCACCCGUUCCAGAGGCUGUCCGUGGCCGAGGAGGGGGGGAAGGAGGGCAAGGACGAGGACGACGUCGAGGAGGAGGAGGAGGACUCGGGGAGCGGCGGCUCGAAACCACCCCUUUCGCCGAUACUCUCGGCCCCGACCACCAUACGAUUCCCGGCCCGGGAGCCGGAGAAGGACAGGCAACAGGCGACCGACAGCGGCGUGUGCCGGUGGGACAAGUGCGAGGAGAGCUUCGAGUCGAGCGGCGAACUUCUCGAACAUUUGCAGGUAGCUCACAUCAACACCCAAACGGGGAGCGACAACUUCGUGUGCCAGUGGCAGGGUUGCAAGGUGCAGGGGAGGAGUUCUUGUUCGAGGAGGUGGUUGGAACGGCACGUGUUGUCUCACGGAGGGAACAAGCCCUUCCGGUGCAUAGUCGACGGCUGCGGCAGCAGAUUCAGCUCUCAGACGGCUCUCGAGAGGCACGUGAACGGACACUUUAAUCAACCGGAAACGAGCAACAAUAACGCCAGACGGAGCUGCGAGAGCGGAGGGAAAUUAGUAAGAAGGAACGGUAAACGACUUCGAUAUAGGCGGCAGCCAUGGUCAGCGAGAUUGUUCGAUUACUUCGAUUCGGGAGUGAUGGAGGGUCUUCAGCACAGGUUGCUUCAAUUGGCAAAGUCGAGGACGCAAGGCCGUCUCGCUGAGACACCGGGAAAUUCGAUGGCCCUAACUAGUCAAGUAUUAGCCCGAAGAGUAGAGAUGGACGGGAAGACUAAAGUAUUGUUACGAUGGUACCCUCAAGAUAUCGAGCCGGACGAAUGGGUGUUGGAGUCCGAAGUACAAAGCACGAAGAACGUGGGUAUACGAAAAGUGGCGGCGUCUCACCCGGAGGAAGUGAGUUUGGCCCUGUUCUCGGCGGUGGGCGGCACGGAGCCGUCGAUUCGGGUUAAACAGCGCCGGAAACCGGCCAAGAACUCGUGAUAAUGCCGAUCGGCGAUGAUCGGGGGCAAAGAAGCGUGACCAAGUAGCGACGAUCGAGCCAGAGAACGGAACAUAGGGACGAGUCCUGUACGAAUCGGGAUUGAUUGCGCUUUCUGGUAUGGAAACGGGGGAAGAAAAAAAAAAAGAAAAAAAAGAAGCCUAGCAAAAUUAACCGGAACCUGCUGAAUCGUAAUCGAGAAGAGGAAGGGUAGUAAGAUGCCCUCUCGUUUCGAGAGGUGGAUGGAAAUGCAUGGAUGAACGAAGAAUCCACGAGAAUGGAUUCGAGGAUAGAAGAAGAAAGGAGGGGAGACGAAUGAAACGGACGUAGCUAAGAAAAUGCCCAAAGGAGAAGAAGGAAGAGAGUAAUUACAUUCUAAUUUAUUUAGCCUAAAUCGAACGAAAUCGUUAGGUGAUAUAUUUAGUAGUCGUGGAUAGCGAUGAAAUGGAUAUUCUUGUUGCCUAUCGAUACCAAAUUUUGAAAAAGGUUGGGGUCGAUUCCUGCCACGAGUGCCUGUGAUAACGAAAGCUGCGACACUCGUCGGACUCGGAAGAGCUAGGCUUGGGCCUCAAAAGUGCCUCACCGUGGAUACCGUUUUAUAUACGUUGACCGUCGUCACCAAGACCAAUCGAGAGACGGUGGAGUUGAAUUAAAAAUGAAGAAA